CACUCUUCCCUCAUUCUCUCCUUUCAAGUUUGCAGCUUUCCUCAGCCUCCCCACUUUCCCGUCUCCUAGUUUCCCUUGAUUUCAUCAGCUCCACCUUCUACAAUGGCUGCCGUCACUCUCUCCCAGGCCGCCACGGCUCCGUGCCGUGCCACAUUCAGCUCUGUGAAGCUCGACUCGAAGCUCAAGAGCUCCGUCUCGCUGGCCGUGCAGCCCCUGUUCGCCUGGAAGUCUGCUGGCGCGGCGUCCAAGGCGUCGUUCAAGGGAGUCGGCUCGGUCGUCGUCAGGGCGGUCGCGGAGGAUGUGCAGGGCGGCGGGAACUACGGCGCUCCUCGUGAGAUUCCUGGAACCAAGAUUUAUGUCGGCAACUUGCCGUUCAACGUCGACAGCGAGUCGCUCGCUGAGAUCUUCCAGGAGGCCGGCAUCGUGGAGCUCGUCGAGGUGAUCUACGAUAGGGACUCUGGCCGCAGCAGGGGUUUCGGGUUCGUGACCAUGAGCACCCCUGAGGAGGCUCAGUCUGCCAUUGAGAAGUUCGACGGCUCGGAACUCGGCGGCCGCAUGCUCAAGGUCAACAUGCCCGUCCCCCGCGGCGAGCGCGAGAGAGGCGCGCGUAACGAGAGGCCACGUGGCGACAGGCCCCGGUUCGGCGGUAACCAGGGCAACAAGAUCUACGUGGGCAACCUGUCGUGGGGCAUGGACGACGGGUCUCUGGAGGACCUCUUCGCGGAGUUCGGCAAGGUGCUCGAGGCCAAGGUGGUGCUCGACCGCGACACUGGCAGGUCCCGAGGGUUCGGCUUCGUGACGCUCUCGAGCGACUCGGAAGUGCAGGAGGCCAUCUCGAACCUCGACGGCGCUGACGUUGACGGCAGACAACUGCGGGUGAAUGUCGCUGCUCCUAAGGUUUGAUUGGGGAGGCUGUUUCAGAACUGUUUGUCAGCUAUCCCCUGCAAGGGUUUUCUCAUCUUCUACCUUUGUACUCACGAUUAUUAGGUAUCAGUUAUAAACCUGAUGGGUUUCCUUUCCUAUGACUCCUAGAAGCCGAUUUUGUAGGCCCUUGUUACGGAGAAUGAAGUUGCGACCACUGAAGUUUUGGCUUGCUCCUCACAAUCCCGUGUCGUCCGUGCCAACCCCGUUUCUGUCACACGCAUCCACGCGCGCGCGUGUGUGUGGAGCACUCAUACGCUCGUUGUCCCGCGCUCUCAUGCACGCUGAGCCAACGCUUCCUGCCGUGUCGUACGACACAGUCCGUUUUCACCUUCACUGGCGUCGCCAUGCUUUCCGUCUGACCCCUCGUUCCACGGCUCGUCCCCUUCGUUCGCAUCCCUCAGCGUUCGCAUCCCUCUGCGUCGUCCCCCACGUGAACCUCCCUCGUUUCCCCGCCCCCCCGUUUUCCUUCUCUCUUCGCGGCUCCUCCCUGUUCUCAGCCCUCCUUUUCCUCUCGCUCUCAAUUUUCCUGUUCGCU